ACAAAUGUUGGGAAAAUGAAGACCUUUCCAUAUAUUUUAUUGCUGUGUCAAUGCGUUAUUGCCAAUGCAGUCUCACUCAACACGUCAAACAAUGACGCGAAUGAAGAAUUUCGUAAUUUUAAUCAGAAUUUGCAGAAAUUCAUGCCAAAUCCCAAUAUUUUAGAAUCGAGGAAUACGUGGACAGAAAAACAAAGGCCCGACCACGGCAUCUUGCAGGGCUUGAACUCAAACGAUGUGGGUUUGAGCGUCAAGAAUAUCGAAGGCUUUACUGGAGCUAUGCUGGUUAGGUCACGAAUCAUCGAAAAAAGUGGUAAUAAUGAUGUUAAUUCAUAUAAAAGAGAAAGAUCUUCGCGUCACCAAAACACAGGAGAUGUGAAAAUAUCAGAGACCGCGGCACAUCGAUCAGGUGGAGACAGGAGUAAAUAUUCAGGAAAAUCAAUCAUCGGUCAACAACCUGCAGGCGCCAAGCCAAAGCAUAUUUUGCUCACAUUCGUGAAGCCCCGUGAACAGGACGGAAAAAAUUCUCACAGCGUCUCUUCGCCCAUUCCCUCUGCAGUAAAAAUAAUUGCUGACGAUUCUGAUCUCAAAGUAGAAUACUUGCAUUCAGCUGGCGAGAAGCUGGUAGAUCGGCACAAAGAGAAGAAUAGAUUUCCAGAUUCCCAGUCAUCUACGCGCCUAAACCUAAAAAUACCAGGAGGAGUGUCGGUAAACCCAAAGAACGAAAACUCAAAAUUCAAAAUCGAGAAGAAGAGGGUCACGUCAACAAAGCAAAGUGAAAGUGCCGGGGACGAUAUUCUGGAAUCUGACUUGAUAAAAGUUAAAGGUAAACCACCUCCGCAUGAAGAUCCAGACAUAAUUCACCUAUCUCAAACCAUCGAUAGAACCCUUUCUGUCACUGGAUCGAUAUCCACCAGGACAAUAACGAACACCGUCACAGAAUCAGCUGGUCUGGGAAACAGACAACCCAUAUCAGCUGUCGUCACUACCAAGGUUUUAACGGUCACGUCUACUACCAUUACGACUACUACCAAGACGGAGACGUCAACAGUGGCCGUCACUCCCACGUCUCCCAUAACAACCAUGACCAUGACGAGACCGACUAAAGGUAUCUUACUAAACCCAAUGUCAACAAGGAUCUCAACGCUAGAACCGUCAUUACCUUCCAUUCGCCCAACAUCUGUCAUGGAGACCGCUACCGAAACUUCUUUGCUUGACUCUACGCAUCCUGAUUUUUUCUGGCCCCUCAAUUUGAGAGACAGAGGGCAAGGUUCCGGAAAUACGACUACUAAAGAAACCGACGAAGAGGAAAGCGUGAACGGCUUUGGAAUGCAGACAAACAUCACACAGAUUAUGAUGCUCAAGGACCAAGCACAAAACAGUUCAAGAGUAAAUGAAACCAAAAUACUAUUAUUCACGAUACUCAAGAACAUGACUAACAUGACCGAUACCAGAAUCCAAACUCUGAAUGAGAUCCUCAAGACUCCUGAAGACAUCACAUUUUUUUUGCAGACGUUACUCAGGAGGAUCAACGAAAUAACUAAUCAGACUCGAGAAGCAACGAAUGAUGAAAACUCCUCCAGCGGCUUUUUUGCUGUGAUCCGAAACACGGACCAAGAACAAACCGAGCCCGAAAGUUUGAUUCCUCACGAUGCCAUCAACACAAACAUAGGAAUUUGGCCGAAAAGUAACGCAACCAACAAGAAACUUGGCGUCGAGAGAUCCAGCAGCACUCCGACUGUUGCUGAUCCUUUCCGCUGCCGCAAGCCGGGCGUCGAAUAUCCAAUUCAAAUCGACUACACUGAACUGCGGGCACGGAUGGACUCAGGUGCCUUGUUCCUCAUCGACGUGCGCAACGCCUCGGAGCUCGAGGCCACCGGGCGGCUGCCGUGGAGCAUCAACUUGCCACUUCACGAGAUCUUCAAGGCUUUCAAGCUGGAAUCUUCAUCGUUUCAGUCGAAGUAUGGCUUCCCCAAGCCCAAGGCACAGAGCCCCAUAGUGGCGUUCACAGGCGGCAAUGACGACCGGGCGGUCGAGGCUUGGAACAUCGUGCAAAAAUUCGGCUACUGCAACGUCAAACUCUACAUCGGCGGGCACGUUGAUUACGUGGCAAAAGGCGGUUCGCUCGUGCCGUUUUUCCGCAAUGAAAACGAAACCUUGGACGACGUAACGGAUUUUCCUGAUGCCAGCGAUUUAAAGUCAGAAAAUCUUCGGACGUCAAGAAGUCUAAAUUUUAGUUAUGACUCUGAUACUUCGGAAAACGAUAGCGAUUUGAUUUCAGUAGACAACGAAGAAGCUGUAGGAGCACUGAAAAAUGAUUCCAACCAAUUGAAAAAUAUCACAGAAAAGGUUUCUGACCAAUUCAAAUUCACAACUGGUAAUGGAAGCUAUCACUCGAGUAAACCGCAAGCUUUUGCAGCAAUACAGGAUAACUUGAAGGUUUCAGUUGGCGAAGAUGAAGCAAGAUUCGAGCAGAAACUUUCCAAUAAAACUGAAGAUCCAUCAUCUUUACGAAUUGCUGACGGUAUCGUUGCCGAUAAUUUUGAUGCGGUUCAGAACGCAACGGCUUCAAAAGAAAUGCAUUCACGGACAAAAUUCUUGAGUUUAUCGGGUUCUAGUGAGAUCAUUAACUCAUCGCCUGGGACUCACUAUGUCCACACAACAAAAAUGUCUCCGAAAAAUGAGGAACUAGUAUUUCCUCUAACAACGGAAGAAAGUCCAACAGCAAUAGAGACUCCUUCACUCACUACAAUUAGUGAUUCCACUUCAAUUAAAAAUAAUGCCGACCAUCAUCUAAAAAUCGACGAGCCUGUAACAAAACCUGGAUCUUCAACGUAUCUAAAAAAUUCAGAUAAAAAAAGUCGUGACGAUAAUGAGAAUAAACUAAAUAAAAAUUCGCGAGGUGCACAGAAACGAAAGCACACAAACGCUCAUCAACUGCGGCCUACUGUUGAAUAAAAUUUAGAAUUAGAUUCUCCAUAAUUUAAAGUUAAAUCACUAACCACAUUAGUAUGGUCGGGAAUCAUCUACUGUCAUUAGUCUCAGACUGACACUAGUUUACAUUAGUUUCAAACUCGGUUGGAGUUUAACUGAUAGAUUUUCAAGUAAUAGUGUUUAUAAGUCUCAUGAAAUAUCCACUGUUCCGAGCUUAUUUGAAUGAAGGAUUAUCGCCAUCUAUCUAAAAUGUGCCCUUUUCUUCCAAACUUCUAAGGAAUUUUUAAUCAUAGUCUCUGGUGGCAAGGUUACCAUACGGGGAUAUUAAGUCGUAAUACCGAUACCGUAAUGUUCUAGUGGCAAAUACCAAACCUACUCGACCAGAAAAAUUGCAGUGACAUUGCUUUCAAUAAAUUAGAUUUGAAUAAAAAUGUUCUUUUAGGAUUAUAGAGCAUCACAACUCAAUAUCAUAACAUCUCAAUAUCAUUAUUGGAUUUUCAUGAGACACUACCGGAAAUUCAUUUUACAUAUCUGGCUUGGAUUAAAACGAAAAUAUAAGGAAAGCUUUUGCCUCAUCAUCGAAGUCUAGAGUUAGCGUUGUCUAUGACGUUCUGAUCGCGGCUCAAGUAAGCGUUGUAUAGUACAAAACGUGAACACCAUAGAAAAUAAAAACAUUAAUUACUUGCGUCUUUUUUUACUAUCAAAAGUUGCAAUACAAACAUAAGAGAGC